GGUGACUCGGACCUUCCUCUUCGUUCCGCUCUGGUCAGCUCCCUGGCCCCCCGCGCUGGGGUCCCUGGGGCCCGCGAGGCCCGGUCUGAGGGGCCGGGGCCUACGUGGGCCCGCCGCUGGGCCCCAUGAGGCAUAGCCUGACCAAACUGCUGGCGGCCUCGGGCAGCGACUCCCCAACCCGCAGCGACAGCCCGGCUCCAGCCGCGACCUGCUUGCUGCCCCCGGACCUGACCCGGGCGGCGGCGGCGGCGGCGGCGGCGGUGGCAGCGGCAGAGGAGGAAGAGACGGCGGCGGCCGGAUCUCCCGGUCGCAAACAGCCGUGCGGCGACGAGGGCGAGUUGGAGGCCGGGAGGGGGGGCCGCGGCGGCGUGGCCGUGCGCGCGCCCUCGCCCGAGGAGAUGGAGGAGGAGGCGAUCGCCAGCGUCCCGGGGGAGGAGACGGAGGACAUGGACUUUCUCUCCGGGCUGGAACUGGCAGAUCUGCUGGACCCCCGGCAGCCGGACUGGCACCUGGAGCCCGGGCUCAGCUCGCCCGGGCCUCUCUCCUCGUCCGGCGGAGGCUCGGAUAGCGGCGGCCUGUGGAGAGGGGACGACGACGACGAGGCCGCGGCUGCCGAGAUGCAGCGCUUUUCCGACCUGCUGCAGAGGCUAUUAAACGGCAUCGGAGGCUGCAGCAGCGGCAGUGACAGUGGCAGCGGCGAAAAGAGGCGGAGAAAGUCCCCAGGAGGAGGCGGCGGCAGCAGCGGCAACGACAGCAACCAGGCGGCGACAAAGAGUCCCCGGAAGGCGGCGGCGGCUGCUGCCCGUCUUAAUCGGCUGAAGAAGAAGGAGUACGUGAUGGGGCUGGAAAGUCGAGUCCGGGGUCUGGCAGCCGAGAACCAGGAGCUGCGGGCCGAGAAUCGGGAGCUGGGCAAGCGCGUGCAGGCACUGCAGGAGGAGAGUCGCUACCUACGGGCCGUCUUAGCCAACGAGACCGGACUGGCUCGCUUGCUGAGCCGGCUGAGCGGCGUGGGACUGCGGCUGACUACCUCGCUCUUCAGAGACUCGCCCGCCGGUGACCAUGACUACGCUCUGCCCGUGGGAAAGCAGCAGCAGGACCUGCUGGAAGAGGACGACUCAGCGGGAGGAGUGUGUCUUCAUGUGGACAAGGAUAAGGUGUCGGUGGAGUUCUGCUCGGCGUGCGCCCGGAAGGCGUCGUCUUCUCUUAAAAUGUAGGGUCAAGUAAUCUGCUCUUUAUCCGCGUUUACCCCUUUCAACUCCCUUACACCAUGUAAAACACCUUAGUGGGACAUCUUCACUGGACACAUUUCAGAGGAGGAAAAAGUAAUAUUGAAUCUUUAAGUGUUUAGCUAAAAGCAUGAAUGUGACACUGUAACCAACUCCUAAUGAUAACAUGUGACUAUUAAAUCUCUCUGACAGUUUCUUUUUUAGGUGAUUUCCUUCCUGCCAGGCUCCGUUGUAGGGGUUACAGAACAGUCGUUCCCGCCUCACAACCUGGUAAGGAUCCAUCUCUUCACGUAACGCUCAUGCUCUGCUGCUUAGUCUACUUUAAUGGGCAACAUCUCAAUUUGUGUGCGUGUGGGUUUUUUUUUUUUCUUUUUUCGAAGGUGGGAGGGGAAAUCUAAUUUGGGCCCUGUCCACCCUGGAAACAGACUUGUGCUGGUCAAUAAUGUAUUUAAGAUGCUUUUUAUGGUUGAAAUAGCUGUUAAUGUGUCCCCUUGUUCAGACUUGCGUGUACCUAGCUCUUCUGUCCCCAGUGUGGACAUGGCCUUGGAUGACAUCGGUUCCAACUGUACACUGAAAGCUGCUAAUAGAGAUACAGUUUGGAGACAGUGAAACAGUGGAUACAGCUGUUGGGGCAGAAGAGACGGGACCAGCUGCUGGCCACAUUUCCUGCUUUAUUUUAAAAGGUAGUAUAAGAAAUGAGGAAAAAGAGGUAAUAUCAGGGCUUCUGCUGUCUUUUAUUUUAAAAUGUUCAUAAUUAAAAAGUAUUUUCCAGCAGUCCAAAGAUGUAAGUUAUCUUACACAUGUUUUAUUUUGUUGUUAUUUGGUUAUAAAAAUGGAAUCCUUGUUCUUGCACAACUGUAAAUGUUUUGUUGCUAGAUAACACAAUUUGAGACCUAACUUGGUCUCUGGUUUCCAGUGCAUUACAGCAUAUUUUGUAAAAUCACCUACUGCACUUGAGCAUGAAUGGGUAGUAGCCAAAUUCACAACCUGGAGUGAUGAACCUGCUUAUACCUAAGUGCAGGAGCAAGCCCCUCACAAUGCAGCUGCAUGGAUUUUUAGUGCCUACUGAAUUAUAUAUAUAUAUAUAUAUAAACCAAAAGUAGUUGGAAAAAUUAUUUGAAAUGACUAAUUUGUGCUAUCUCUAUGGAAUAUGUUAAAUGUAGCUUUUUGAAACAGAAGCCUUGAAUUGAAAUUUAAUUAAUACUUGAACGAACAUUUUUGUAUAUAUUUCUUUGUAUAUAAUUUUGUGCAGUACCAAUGACAAAAAUACGGUGUCAUAAUAAAACCAGGUUUGUUGAUCUUUCAGUUAUGGGCUCAAAGAAUUUAUUCAUCUCUAACAUGACAUUGGAAAAUAAUGGAUGAAAAUAGGAAAAAUGAUUGUUGUUAAUGCUGACUGUGGGUCUUAAAAGGUUCUGGAAGCAGUAAGUGUGUUUUUCUAAAACCAUUCCCUUGGAAUAUUUUCUUCUAAUGUCAGUGCUUUUCCUGCAUUAUUUGAAGUUCGGGGUUGGGGAGAAACAGUAGUCAAAGCUUUCUGAAUUGGGAUGCUUUGAAAAUUCCAAGUGUAGAUUUUUAGGAUGUCAUUUUAUAAAUGGCAGUUUUUGGAAUUACUUGAUUAAGAACUUUUGAAAAUGGAGAUUAGUAUUGCCUAUUUUUAAAGCUGCUUUGUUAGGCUCCUUGUUUUAACUGUCUUUUCUUAGUUUCCAUUUCAUUCUUUUUUUUUUUUUUCCUUUUCUAAUUUUGGUGACUUAGUGAUUUUGUCAUUUUUUACAUCAACUUCAUGGUCUUGUUUUUACAUGGUAUUGCAUGUAUUUAGGACCUAUCUAACAGGGGGUUUAAAUAAAUUUGAUCAUAUUUAUGUGUAAGCACAUUUUACUGUAAAUGUUUGGGUUUCUGAAUUUACAACAGAUCUGUUUAUUUCAGUAUGUAGUAAACAAUAUCUUAAAGUGUCCUAUUCACUACUUGUUAAUUAAAAAAAGUUAUGAUUAAUAUGAAACUGUUGUCUUACUAUUUUUAGAAAAUUGUGUUCUAAAUGAUUAGUAGUUGGAUAAAGGAGAUUUCUGGAAUAUAUGGAUUGCGUUGAAAUUUUAAGGUUUGGCUCUAUUUACUGUAGAGGUUGAAAACAUCUUAGUAUUUGGGGAACUUUUUUUUUUUUUCAUCAUCUUCCCUAAUUGCCUCUAUGGCAAAAUGAUACAGAAUUAGUGUAAAGAGGGUAGCUUUUUGAUACUUGUUUUCUGAUGGUGACAGGAAUUCAUACAUUUAUUGAACUAACACACCAUAUUGACCUCCUAUUUCUAUCAUAUUGACUUACUGUUUCUGCACUUUCUUGACCAGUUCUAACUAAAAAGGUCCACGUUUGUUAAAAUGUCACACCUCUGAUAUAAUCCGGCAAAAAGUGUUCGAAAUAUUUUAAAUAUUUGUGCAUUUUGUAAUCACUAAAUUAAUCUCUUUCUCUUCUCUUUAAACAGCUUAGCAGUGUCUGCAAAAACGAAUCUUUUCCUACAACCUGUUAACUGACUGGACUGAUGGUAACAAAGUAAUUGUGGGAGCCAUGUCGGUCAAAAAUUUGGCAUCUGCUGAAAAAAAAUGAAUGCCAUUUUCAAGUUCCCAAAUUACUUCUAUACUGAUUUCACUUUCCAGAUUUCACUUUCCAGAAAUGGAGAUAUGAAAAGAUUCUCUGGAAUCCUUGAAAGACUUACUAGAAAUACAUGAGACUAAGUUAAUUUUGGAACAAAAUUAUAUUUUUCUUUUUUUUUUUUUUUUUGGUCUUUCAUGGGAGUGAUGAUCAGUUCUUUGCAUAACUUAAAAAUUGUAACUGUUGGAGAAGAGAAUUGCAGUAUUUCAUCAAGGAAUAUUAGAUUCUUUACAUAAUCAAGAACACAUUCUAUGGAAUAACAUUCAGUGGUGUAGAAUUACAUAAACAGGCCAUCAGGGAUCACAAAGCAUAUCAUGAGUCUGUAUUUAUUUCCUGGAACUUGAGAGCUAAUCUUCAGUAUAGGCAGACCUUGCUGAGUAGAAUAUAAAAUUUAAUGUAAAGUCCUUAACUAUGAAGAGUAGUCUUUUUAAAAUAGAUGCAUUGAUGUGUCAUGUGUAUCUUUGAAAAAAUUAUGACUGAAUAUGUGAGUAGUUAUUUGCAAUUCAGGGUAAUAGGAUGUUCGUAUUCUGAGGUUUUGGCUUCUUGAGUUUUCUCUGAGUACUUGACACUUUUUGACUAUUUUGAGGUUUCUAAUGAAUGGUAUCCUAGUUUCUGAUGUUAUAUAUUAAAAUGUCACCAGUGUUAUGUAAGGGCUUUAGUAUUUUGGAUGAUGGGAGUGUUUUUUUUCCACAUAAUAUGGUUGUUUUACUUAAUUGAAACAUUUUUCCAGUUUAUUACAAGUGUGAAAAAACACUCAACUCUGGAUUGUUUAUUUCAUUUUUGUUGGAUUAUGUUAAUGCAUUCUUUCGUCUGGUCUAGACUGAGUCAUUUUAUCUUAAUUGACUCAUUGGGAAGUGUGCAGAUGAGAGGUGGGAGGGGUAGGAGAUUGGCCCAGAAUGAUUUAUCAUAAUAACUAUACAGUUUGGUUAUUGUAUGAUACUAUACUAAACCUAUUAAACCCACUCUGUUUCUUAUAA